AAAACCACACAUUAAUUGUACGUAAUCGAUCUGUAAACAUAAACACAUACCCCAAAAAUAUUAUCUCGAUCAUGACUACUUCUCCGGCCGUGAAACACAUAUCGGAAUGCUUAGUCAAACCGUUGCACGAACUCUCACCGGAGGCAAAGCAGCCGCUCCAUUUCACAGCCUUUGACCUAUGUUGCCUUAACCUCAAAUACAACCAAAAGGGUCUCCUUUUCUCUAAACCACCCGAAAACAAUAAUUUCUCCAUCACAGCUUUCUUGGACGACCUCAAACACUCUCUAUCCGCAACACUUACUCAUUUCUACCCGCUUGCAGCCCGUUUAGCCACUCGAAUACAAGAUAACCCCCCUUCCUAUGUUAUCUACAUUGACCCCGAAAACAGCCCCGGGGUCAAGUUUAUUUAUGCAAAGGCGGAUAAUGCUACUACUAUAUCCGAUGUACUUAACCCUACGUACGUACCAUCGAUCGUUCAUUCGUUUUUUGAUCUUAGUAAUGCUAUAAACCAUGAUGGCCAUACAUUGCCUUUGUUGUCCAUCAAGGUGACUGAGCUAGCCGAUGGGAUCUUCAUUGGUGGCUCGAUGAACCACCUUAUCGCGGACGGAACAUCUUUCUGGCAUUUCAUGAGUUCUUGGAGUGAAAUCUUCAAAUCUAAAAAUCGAGAGACUUGUGUUGUCUCACGCCCUCCGGUAUUCAAAAGACAACCUCUGCUACAAGGUAAUCUUCCGUACGCUCAUCAAGAUGAAUUCAUUCAACGAUACGAAAAUAUUCCACAAGUAGUAUUAAAAGAGAGAUUCUUCCAUUUCUCAUCGGCGUCGGUAGCAAGACUUAAGAAAAAAGCAAAUGCCGAAUUAUCUAAUAAUAAUAAUACUCAAAAAAAGAUCAUCUCAAGUCUACAAGCCGUGUCCGCUCUGUUAUGGAGGUGUAUAACUCGAGUGCGACGUCAACCAGGAGAUAGUGAAACAGUUUGUAAAUUUGCUGUUAAUAACCGAGGUAAAAUAAAUCCGCCUUUAUCUGAUGAUUAUUUUGGCAGCCCCGUUACUCUAGUAAGCGUGAUAACUAGCGUAAAAGAUCUAAUGUCGGCAAAUGGGCUCGGAUGCGCCGCAUUGACAUUACAUGAAGCAGUUAAAUGCCACGAUGAUUCAGCAGUAAAAAAAUGGGUCGAGUCAUGGUUUAAAAAGCCGGUAAUUUAUGUACCAAGCAGUGCGACGUCAUCUCCAUCUUCAAACAUAAUACUUAUUGGGAGCUCACCUAGGUUUGAUAUGUACGGGUGUGAAUUCGGGUUGAGGAAAGCAAUAGCGGCUAGAAGCGGGUCUGUUCACAAAGGGAAUGGGUCAAUCAUAAUGUAUCCUGGUCGGGAAGGAGGCGGAAGUAUCGAGGUCGAAGUUUGCUUAAUGCCCGAGACUAUGAAGGAUCUUGAAUGUGAUGAGGAGUUCUCAAGUGCUCUUAGGGAGUGACUGAUAUAUACUAUAUAGGUUCAAGUGGAUCAAAGGAUAAAGCCAAGUUGGAGUAAUUAGCUAGAGAUUUUGAGGUGAAGGUAGUGUAAUUUUGGUGAUAGUAAAUCCCUUUUGCGAACCAAGCUCUUGAACAAGUGUUUGAAAGUGUUAUUUUUGUGUUGUGAAAUGAUCAAAUAUAGUUUGUAAAGAUGUAGUAUGUAAUAUGUUUUAGUCAUGAUCAUUUGACUAGUUUAUAUGAUUAGUCAAAUGAUAGUUGGCAUGUAAAAUUAUGUUUUAGUUAUGUUUGGUAAGUUGGAGGUAAAUUUUAGUUUGAAAAA